GGUAGCUUUAGGUUGAUGUUAAAAACAUGAUUCAACCACUUUUUAUGCCCUCCCCCCAACUUCCUCAAACUUCAAUGAGAAUCUGGACCUGGUCUAUUCCCACCUUUAUUUGUCUUUCUCAAUUCAAUUAAUCCUAGAGAGUGAAAAUUAGGAAACAUUUAAUGCAAAGCCUUUUAAAUACUGCAAAAUGGCAGCUCAACUGCUCACCGAUCCAAAAGCUAUCUUCGCACCGAAUUUCCGGAGUCUUUAACUAAAGUCCAACUACUUUCUGCUCGCCAGUAAACUAACCGCUCCACCGCUCACGGCUGGCGCGGCAAUUCCGCCGAUUCGCGAAGCUUCCAUUUCGUUUCUUAGCUCAGUCUAUUGGGAGGCGCAGAAAUGGUGGGACCUCAGAGACCGCAGUUCGUGCUGUUUGGGUCGUCAAUAGUUCAGCUCAGCUACAGCAAUGGCGGUUGGGGUGCGAUUCUCGCCGAUGUUUACGCUCGUAAGGCAGACAUAAUAUUGCGAGGUUACUAUGGUUGGAAUUCGCGUCGGGCAAUCCAAGUUCUUGAUCAAGUUUUCCCUAAGGAUGCAGCAGUUCAGCCAACAUUGGUGAUUGUUUAUUUCGGUGGCAAUGACUCAAUGGGUCCUCACUCAUCUGGCCUUGGUCCUCAUGUACCGCUUCCAGAAUACAUUGAGAACAUGAGAAAAGUAGCACUUCAUAUAAAGAGCCUUUCGGACAAAAUUCGAAUAAUCUUUCUCACUUGUCCACCUGUCAAUGAAGCCAAAGUGAAAGAGAAUACAAGUUCAAUUUUCAGUGAGCUAGUGCGAAGCAAUGAUUUGUGUAGCAAAUAUUCACAAGCCUGUGUAGAUCUCUGCAAGGAGAUGGGGGUUAUGGUUAUUGAUCUUUUCUCAUCGUUUCAGAAACGUGAAGGUUGGGAAAAUGCUUGCUUUACGGAUGGGAUUCACUUAUCUGAAGAGGGAAGCAAAGUAGUGGUUGAAGAGAUACUCAAGGCUCUGAAAGAAGCCGAGUGGAGUCCAAGCCUACACUGGAAGUUCAUGCCGACUGAGUUCUCAGAGGAUUCAAAGUAUGAUCUUGUUCUUUCUGAUGGAAAAACCACCAUCAAUGCCUCUGAUUGGACAUUCCAUCGUGCCAUUCAAUGGGACUAGAUCACCAUAGAAUGAGGGCAGGUCGCAUCCAAAUAAUGGUUCCAAGAUAUUCACUUGUUCCUGGCUAGGAUGUUAUUAUUGCUGCAUAUUACAACUUCCACCUUUUCAUGAUACAGAUUCUAUAUACGGAGUAUAUGUUUAUUUGGCUUCUAUACUAAUUUGUUUAAAACAACAAUAUAUGGUCUUUUAUGGACUGGCCCUCAAUAUUUUCUAAUAUUACGUGUGCAAAUAAACUGGACAAAAUCCUCUAUUCCUAAGUUGUAAUUUGCAUAAUUGUAUGAUUUGUAUCUGACCUGUUGUAUUAUUUUCCCAAUAAUGCACACUAUCAUUGUCCAUCAAAAGUCAAAACCGGUCAAAGAGUUUCCCGGGAGGGUUAAAUUGAGCUAUAAUUACAACAAUCUGAUUGAUA